AUGACGGAGUUGAUGGGAGGGGGUGAGGAUGGUGGCGUGCUGAGGAACGGAGAAAUGAGAGCGGAUAUGAUGCUGACAGACGUGGACAGCGAAAGAGCGCCGCAGGACGAGUCGUGA